AUGAUACAAAGGAAUACAAAGAUCCCUUUAUAUCAUUAUAAUUUUAUUAUCUGUGCAUGUGGUUCAUUGCUCUAUGAUUUUAAAAGUAAUGUAUGUGUACGGCAGAAUAAUGUCAAAUAUGUCAAGAAAAUGUUAAAGGGGAGACCCCUUUGAUUUGUUAUUAAUAACAAACAAUACUUUUAUACUGUAGUGAGAUGUCUGACUUUAAUCAAGAUCAGGACUGCCCUGUGUGUUUACAAAAAUGUCAUCAUCCAACACAGCUUCCUUGCGGUCAUAUUUUUUGUUUUCUCUGUGUUAAGGGUAUAGCAAUACAAAGUAAAAAGUGCGCCAUGUGCCGUACUGAUAUCCCAUCAGAUUACCUUGACCACCCAGUGUUACUGGAGAAUCCGUCUACACUACUUGAAAACACACAAUCUGACAAUGAACAGUAUCAGUGGUAUUAUGAAGGCAGAAAUGGUUGGUGGAAAUAUGAUGAACGCAGUAAUAUUGAAUUAGAAGCAGCUUUCAACAAUGGAGAAAUGGAGUGUACUCUUCUUAUAGCUGGUGCAUUAUAUAAUAUUGAUUUUCAAAAUAUGAUUCAAAUACGACGCAAUGAUCCUACAAGACGUCGGCUUGUACGUCGUGAUCAAUCAACACUACAGGCUAAAGGAAUAGCUGGUAUAAAACAUGUUGACAGUAACAAAAUCCCACAAACUAAAAGUAGUAGUGAUAAUGAUGUCAAUGAAAUAGAAAAUGAAGUUAUUGAAGUCUCUGAUAAUGAAGAUGUAACCUCUUCUCAUCAUGAGGAAUCCAGUGAUAUAAUUCACAGAUUUAGUAUGAUAAACUUACAUGAUGAUGAGAGAGAUUCUCCUUCAAACAAUUCUUCAACUGAAGAUACAUGAUGGUAAAUUAUAAUCAGCCUACAAUAACUCCGAAAAUAUAAAAAUUGGCAUCACAAUGUUUUAUUAGGUUAUCAAUUUAUAAGUUAGACACCUUGUUAAAUAAUUACAGAGUUGUUGUCUUGUUAAAUAAUUAAAGGAAUGUACAGAU